UCCUCCUCCCCUUCUCUUCUUGAUGUAAACCUCAGUCCCUCCUCCGCCUCCCUCCUAUCCCUACCCAUACCUCUCGCCCUCUUCCUUCUCCUCCUACUCACCCUCAUCUAUCGCCUUACUCCUCCUUUCUCCGUCCUCUUUCUCCUCUCUUCUCAUCCUCUACCCCUUGCUCCUUCUGCUGUACACCUCCUCUUUCGUUUUUCUCCUCCUUACCUAUCGGCCUCCUCCACCGUCCUCUCACCGUCCUCUUCCUCCUUAUUUAAACCUCAGCUCGAUGUCAAGUACGCAUAA